AUGGGUUGUGAACUAAGUAAGUUGGCGUCUUCAGAGUUCAAUAGCCAUGAUGCUUUGGACCGUCCACCACCGCCAGCAGACCCUCGAUCGCCUCUCACCACGAAGCAACAGUACUGCAUGCUGGCCUCAUGGAAGGGAAUCUUCAGACAAAUUGAGAAGACUGGCAUUCUAUUAUUUAUCAAAUUAUUCGAAGAAAACGAAGACCUACUGCAUUUAUUCGAGAAAUUCGGGGAGCUGAAGACAGCUGAGGCGCAGAUGAGCUCUGAGGAGUUGGCAGAACAUGCCACGAAAGUGAUGCAUACUUUGGACGAGGGAAUCAAGGGGCUGGCGGACAUUGAUGCAUUCUUCGCAUAUAUUAGACACGUGGGAGCUACCCAUCAUCAAGUCCCAGGGUUUAAAGCUGAGAAUUUUUGGAAAAUCGAGCAGCCAUUCCUACAAGCAGCUAAAACGACGCUAGCAGACAGAUACACGCCAAACAUCGAGGAAAUUUACAAGAAGACCAUUCGGUUUAUCCUGGAGAACCUGGUCAAGGGUUACGAGGACUCCGCAGUCGAAAACGGGAACGGACAAUCUUGACAGAGCUAUUAAUAUUUAGUGUAGGUUAAUUAUAAAAUUAUGGUUACCAUAGUGUUUGUUCGUUAGAUUUAAACUUGUCACAGAUUGCUUUAUUUAUCAAAUUACAUCGAAUGCUUUAUAUUCAUCAAUCACUUCAUACACGAGGAGUCAUUUAUAUCUACGUUCGUAACAAUUUCAUUUACUUGUAAUUUCAUAAACUACAUUCAUAAAUCAUACAUUCUCAUCUUCAUCGUCAUCUGAAUUUUCUAAGUCAUCCUAACAUUUUCAUUCAAUGAGCAGCAAUUAAAUUAAAUUUGUGUAUACACCACCAUUCAUAUCAUAUCUACAUUUUUAGCAUCUUCGUCAUCUACAUGUUCCAAAUCGUCAUAAUAUUUCCAUUCCAAUUAUUUUGUGCCGUUUACACCUUCAUUCAUUUCAUUUUCAGCAUCAUCAAGUCAUCUAACACCAUCAUUAUCAUUAUAGGUGUCAUUUCAAUAGCAAUAAAUGGAGAAUGGAACUUCCCGUCUUUUUGUCAUAAUCUUCCUAAAUUGCAAACAAAAGUUCCAUCUUGAUCAUAUUAUCGAAGCUGCAAUUAUUAUUUAGGUUUUGAAAAUAUAUAAAACCUAUGCUUACAUUUAUUCCUUUAGCUACAAAAACAACCUCUCUUUUGAUUAUUUCUAGAAAAAUUCAAGAUAAUACAGAAUAAGAAAUCUUAGUUUCAUUAUUACAUUUUGGGCGUAAUUUUCUCUCUCUUUUUACCUUAAACUUCAUCCAACUAGGUUUACUUACUUUAGACGAUUUUUCUCAAACUUCUAUUCAUAUUUCAUGCACAUUAAAAUAAUUUAAUUCAGUUUCAUAAACACUGGAGUUGGGCUGUCUGCCAAGAACUAAGACUAAAGUUCGGCUAAGUUAUAGCUCUUACUUAUGGACGCAGUAAGUAUUACUGAAAUCCUAGUUUUUUCUAUGAAGGAAUCAAAUACAUUUUGCUCCUAAUGUUUCUGUUCAGUCUUAAACUUGGUUAAGAAAUAUAGAAAUUGUAUAAAUUAAUUUCCUUAAGAAACAAGCUUUUAUUCAACAGUCGACGUCUUUGAUGAGUUGAGAAUGAUAUCGAUAUAUACAAGGUGUAGUUUUGGAACCGUGUCAUUUCUCGGGGGCAUGUCACAGAAGUCAUAAAGGUUCAAUGUAAG